AUGAUUACUGAGAAUGUCUGUUCUGUUGCAGUGACUGUUACUCUACCAGCAGCACUAACUACGAUUGAGACUACAACGACAGUCCUGGAAUGUACAUUCACUUCAACUGGUAGUGAUAUAGAGAUUACAUGGUAUAAAGGGGGUAGUGUAGCUACAGGUACUAUAGUUAUACAAGCUGGAGGUGGACACGUUUUUCCACGUCCUGGAUUCACAAGACAUGGAAUUCAAGACCAAUCUAGUUUAGUUAUAACUGACACACAGUUGAGCGAUGCUGGCACAUAUUGGUGUGAAGUAUACGCUGGUGGUGAUGGUGCUGAUGCGAAAUCUAUCUCAUUAACUGUAACAGGCGGACCAGGUUUUCUCUUUUUACGACGAACUUUUUACGAUAUGAACGUGUUAGCACCAGCGGCAGCCCAUGUUGUUGAUGUUAUGACUGAGUGGAGCAGUCGGAGAACUUUCAACGAGGAGGAGAUACGGCUAUGUUUCUCUCCUGAGGCUAGUGUUACGAAGUGGGGUAUGCGUCCGCCCCAGGCAAGCCCACCAAAUAAGCCUACUAUAAGUAUCACUGAUGGUAAUAAUCCAUCAAAUGCAGGUGAUAGAAUCAGAUUGAAAUGUACAUCAAGUAGUGGCAGUCCAACACCAAGUUAUACCUGGCAAAAAGAUAAUCAACCACUACCAGUAUUACCUAGAUAUCAAUUAAAUAGUGACAACAGUAGAUUAACUAUCCAUCCUAGUCACAAAGAUGACAAUGGUAAAAUAUUUACAUGUCACGUGUCUAACGUUAAAGGAAGUGAAGAGGAAGAUAUAACAAUCGAAAUAAGAUAUGCCCCGGGCAAUCCAGUAUGCACUUACCAGACUACAACAUCCUUUUCGUAUCUAUUGGAUGAUGAAAUGGGAAUAAGAUGCAGAUCAACAGAUGGUAGUCCAUUAGCGACAUUACACUGGUAUCAUGGUAACAAUCAGAUUCAAAGUUUAUCACCAUCUACAGAUGUCAACACAGUUACACUGGAUUACACAUGGAAUCUGAAAAGAAAUGAUAAUGGAGUAACAUACAUGUGUGAAGCAACAAAUAUUGUACAAACUACACCAUUAACAUGUCAACUUGGACCAUUCAAUAUCUACUUUCCAUCAGAGAGUGUGACAUUGUCUGGCAUAACCAAUCCUGUGAAGGAAGGUGAAACUAAAAUACUGACUUGUACCACAUCAACCAGUAAUCCAGCAUCUCAGAUAUCAUGGUUAAAAGAUAACAAUGUAUGGACUGCUAAUACAUAUGAAUCUAUUACAUCUGAUGUUACAAGAGAUGGAGAUUAUAAUGGUGAAAUAAGUGAACAACAGAUGACAAUAUCCAUACAAGCAGAACAUAACAGUAAAUCAUAUCAAUGUCAAUCAAGUCAUUCAGACUUCACAGGACCUGUGACAUCUAUUGUCAUUGAACUUACUGUAUAUUUUAAACCACCAUCAGUGAGUUUAAGUGGAUACAGCACAGUAGUAAAGAGUGGUGAUAUGUUGACAUUAACCUGUGAAACUGACAGUAGUAAUCCUGCAGCUGUUAUAUCAUGGUAUAAAGAUGGUGAUAUAUUCACUGGGAAUUCAGAUGAAACAAUAUCAGAUUAUACAGAGAUUGAUGGUGAUAAUGGUGGUACAAUAAGACAACAAUAUUUAAAAAUAAGAUUACAACCAUCGCAUAAUAUG